GCCCGCCCGCCAUGCCGUCGGAGAAGACCUUCAAGCAGCGCCGCUCCUUCGAACAGAGAGUGGAAGACGUGCGACUCAUCCGGGAGCAGCAUCCUACCAAGAUCCCGGUGAUAAUAGAAAGGUACAAGGGCGAGAAGCAGCUCCCCGUCCUGGACAAGACCAAGUUCCUCGUGCCCGACCAUGUCAACAUGAGCGAGCUCAUCAAGAUCAUCAGACGACGCCUGCAGCUCAACGCCAACCAGGCCUUCUUCCUGCUGGUGAACGGACACAGCAUGGUGAGCGUGUCCACGCCCAUCUCCGAGGUGUACGAGCGCGAGAAGGAUGCGGACGGCUUCCUGUACAUGGUCUAUGCCUCUCAGGAGACUUUCGGCGUGAAGUGGUCGGUGUAAGACUAGGACGCGCGGCUCUUCUAGAAUUUUUAAACCCUUACCGAGGGAAAAAGGGAUGUUAGCAGCUGAGGUCGAUCCGCUCAUCUAAUCACAGGUCAGCGCCACAGCAGCGCCCUUGUAGGAAGCCGUCUCGUGCUUCAGGCAGGCAGAAAAACUGAGCUCCCGGGAGCACACGGGGUUGGGAAACUCUCAUUUCACCUAGGCUGUCUUGUUUUCAAAUUUAGAGGUUCAAAAAUAAAAUACUUUGCAUUCUAAAUCGCCAGUCAAGUAGGCCUUGCGGUUAUUUCAGCG